GUUAUAACAGUGUGGCCGGCCCUAGUAAUAUAUCUGCCAAAAUUGAAAAAAGAUUGGUCUUGCAUGACCUGAGAAAGAUGUCAGGAAGCGCCCAAGGUAGUUUCCUAGUGUUAAUAGUGCUCGGUCUAUUCACCUGGAGAUGUGCUUGUCAUGAUCUGUCAGACUGCAGGACUCCACCGAGUAUAACCGUCACUCCCAGUACCAACCAGACGGUACCCAUCAACACAGACACCAGCGUCACCUAUCGUUGCCAAGUUACCAAUGGCCUUAGGGCGGAUUGGACUUUUAUGGGUAUUCCAAUUCCCAUUGGGUCAGCCGAUCAUGCCUUGUUGGGUUCACUCGGUGUCAACAUUUCAGCUGGCGCUAGUCAAAGUGAUAUCUACUUGACGGUGGACAGGAAUGGAAGGGAGACUUACUCGAACAGAGACUUGAAGAUAGUGUGUACUGAAUUGAUCACCACUCCAGUGCUUAUGAUCCAAACAAGUUGUGACUACUACAUCAGGACUUUUGAUAUCCCAGAGCCUCCGCCCAACCUGGACUUUAACCCUUUACCCACUAACGUCUCCGUACUGAUGAUCACAUGGGACCAACCUGGUAACACACUAAUCGAUGAAGAUGCCCCCGUCACUACCACCUACACUGUGACUGUGACUGGACCGACCUUCAACUUCAACGUGACCACUACAGACACAAGUUAUUCAUUUGUGGACGAUAUCGACGAGCCUUGUGCUAUGCAUAACUUCCAGGUUCACGCGUCCAAUGCAGCUGGUGACGGUCUACCUGAUGUUAUCAACGAGACUAUCCCCAUUUCUCCUGACAUUGACGAUUUGAGUGCUGGUCUAAAAGUGAGUCGAGUGUUUGUCACCUCACCCACCACUGUUACCGUGGAGGCCACUUUCCCGCGAGCGCUGGCCUGCAGUCCCAACUUCCCCUUGAACUUGUACCUCCUCAACACAAUGGGUGUGGUGACCACCAGCUUCUCAGCCAAUGACUCCGGAAUAGUGGGUCGUGAGACGAUAGCUCUGAACAUGACCUCCUCACAGGUGCUGCCCAACAUGGUGUACUCACUCACCGUGUCUGCCUGUAUCUCAGUCACUUGUCGAGAAUCCUCUGCUGUGUCCUUCAUGACCACGGACGUACAAUCAGCCAACAUCACGUUCUUCGAGUCCUACGUCUUCCUGAGCUGUUUGUUUGCCGUGAGGUCGACCGCUCGAGGCUGUGUGUUUGUGUUCACUGUGUCUCCCAAUAUCACAGAAGAGUUCACCGUGGCCAGGACGAACAGAUCACUGUGUAAUGAGAUACUCAACAUGGAGAAUGUGUACACCGGUAUCGAGGUUUUGGACUGGGAAUUGGACGGGAGUUAUGGGAAUGUGUCUGUGAUACCGGCCAGAAUGAGAGUGGACACUGGUGAAGAAUACAUGGAGGCAACUAACUGCGCAUUGCCAACUCCUGCUGUUACAGCUCCAGCUGCUAGUCUGUCUGAUGGUGCCAUUGCUGGUAUUACGAUAGGGGUCAUCUUGGCCGUCCUCGUCAUCCUGGCCAUUGUCAUAGUGAUAACAGUGGUAGUGUACAAACGACAAGCAAGUAAGCAGCCCAAGAUUAUGAGGCAUGACGAAGAGAAGGUCUCCGUCGACUUUGACAAGCAGUGGCUAAUGGCAGAUCACGAGCUACCAAAAAAGAAGACGAGCUUCAGGAGAGGCAGAUCACUCGUGGACGGAACUGAAGAGCUGGCACAGCCGUCCCUCACCGACUCUACGGCAGCGUUCUCGCUUCACAUUAGCCGUGACAAGAAGAAAGCUCAUCUCCACCUCAACAGGGCCCUCAUUCGCAGGGCACUCAAGGAGAGGAGGAUGACCACUCUCGAUAAGAAGUCAGCCAGGGCCAGGCCAACUCAAUCCAUUCGUGAGUUUCUGCUCCCGCUCCACUCUGAGAUCCGUGUAACAGGAGAGGAGAGUGAUGAGGACGUUCAAAUUGACGGUGAAGAUGAAGGAGAUGCUAAGAAGGUAACUCCCCAAACUGAAACUGAAAUGAUACCACCACCUGCAAUAUAUGAAGAGCUAAGAGUCAUUAAACCAGACCCCAACACUCGAGAAAAUGUCGCCUACGGACAUAUGCAGCCUCUUCGGCAGUAAGUGGAGCUUUCAAUUAAUUUAGUUGCAGUGAAUUGAGUAACAUUAGUUUAAUAUUGUUUUCUGUUUCCUUUUUGCCAUAAAAUUGUAUAUUUAGUGAGUCCUAAGUUAAUGUACCAUGCACUUAAUUAUAACUAA